AAGAAAAGUUAAACUGCUGAGGAUGAUAGAACAAAAAGAUUUAUGCGUAUUAACAACAUUAUUACUACACAGCGUAGGAACAACAGUAACAGAAGAAAACAUUAAGAAAGUAGCAGACCAUUUGGGAGUAACAGUUGACUCCUACUUGGCAGAACUAUUCAGCAAAUUAUCAGCUGAACAGAUUCAGUCUAUUAUUGAGAACCCAACUGGAGGAUCAGUACAGGCAGCUGCAGCAACAUCUACCCAGGCAGUAGAAGAAAAGAAGGAAGAGAAAGAAGAAUCUGAAGAAGAGAGUUCAGGAGACAUGGACUUAUUCGGUUAGAUAAUAAAUUAUAAUCUGAUUUGCU